CCGCAUUGUAAGGUUUUUCAAGUGUUUUAUUUGCAGAAGCGUAUAACGUGCAGUUUGCAUUUUAAAUCAGGGACUUAAUAUCUUCUGAAGUUAUGCCAUUGUCUCCAGUCUCCAGCAAAUUUACUGUUGCUCUUUGCGUACUGAAUCAAUGGGCUCUUGACUUCAAUGGAAAUACUGAACGUGUAAUUGAAAGUAUUAAGACUGCCAAACGUUUGGGAGCCAAGUAUAGAGUUGGUCCAGAACUAGAGGUCUCAAGUUAUGGAUGUGAAGAUCAUUUCCAUGAACUAGAUACUUAUACUCAUUCAUGGCAAUGUAUUGCAAAAAUCUUGCAUGAAACAAAUGAAAAUGUUGAAAUGCAGGAUAUUGUGUGUGAUAUUGGAAUGCCAGUUUUACUAGGAGGUGUAGCUUAUAACUGCAGAAUUCUGUUGUUAAAUGGGACUGUUCUACUAAUACGACCGAAAUUGGUCCUUGCUGACGAAGGAUUGCAUAGAGAAUCUCGUUGGUUUACACCUUGGCCUCAUCACCAACAAAUCAUCGACUUUGAGUUGCCCGAAAUAGUCCGUAAAGUUACCAAGAAUUCACAGUCAGUAACAGCUUUUGGUGAUGCUAUUUUACGAUUUUCUGGAGAUGGCUAUUCUGAAUAUGUAAAAAUAGGCUUGGAAACAUGCGAAGAACUUUGGACGGGAACACCACCUCAUAUGGAUAUGUAUGCAGCUGGUGUUGAUGCUGUACUGAAUGCUAGUGCUAGUCACCACGAACUACGUAAACUAAAUAGAAGAAUAGAACUAGUGAAAUCUGCCAGCAGAGCAAACGGGGGUGGAUUGUAUGCAUAUACAAACCUUCGGGGAUGUGACUCUGGGAGGGCUUGUUACGAUGGUUGUGCAUUAGCUGCUAUUUCCGGUCAGCUGAUUCAUAUGAGCCCACAGUUUGGAUUUGGAGAUGUCUCCGUUGAAACUGUCACUGUUUGCUUGAAUUCUCUCAGAUCAAAACGAAUUACUAGUCGUUGUUUUGGACGCGCAGCUGCAGCUAUUGCAGCUAAGAAAUAUGAUACAUUUGGCAUUGCGCACAAUCAUUAUCCAGUAGUUAAGGUUGAUUUCAAUCUCUGCCAUAGUGAUCAUUGGUCUCACCAAUCCUUACAGCCACACCUUAAUACUCGUAUUCUCUCACCUUCAGAAGAGAUUUCUUGUGGUCCUGCAUUGUGGUUGUGGGAUAAUUUACGCCGAAGCAAGUCUUCAGGAUUUUUUCUUUGCCUUAGUGGAGGUUUGGACAGUGCAGCAGUUGCGUGUAUUGUGUUCUUUCUUUGUAAUCAAAUAUUUCAAGCUGUAAGACAAGGUAACUCGUCCGUUACCCACGACUUACGUAUUAUCUUGAAUGAGUCGGAUAAAUAUAUUCCUGAGAGUGGUCGUCAGUUGUGCUCUCGUCUACUAACAACGUGUUUUAUGUCAAGUCAGAACAGCUCUACGCAUACAAGAUUACGCGCUGAUCGUUUAGCUAAACUUAUAGGUUCAAAUCACUUAGAAACCGAUAUUACACCAGUGGUAAAAGAAUUUGUCCAUAUGGCUUCCAAAACUUUGAAUCUUGCUCAACCACCUCGUUUCACUGUUCAUGGAGGUUCAAGUAAAGAGAGUUUAGCUCUUCAAAAUAUUCAAGCUAGAAGUCGUAUGGUUUCAGCAUACUUACUGUCUCAAUUAAUACCAUGGGAUCGGAAUUUGCCAUCAGGUCUGUUAGUUUUAAGUAGCGCGAAUCUAGAUGAAGGACUAAGAGGUUAUUUAACGAAAUAUGAUUGUUCUAGUGCAGACUUGAAUCCAAUUGGAAGCAUUAGCAAAUUAGAUUUGCGCUUAUUUAUUUCCUACUGUGCUCAAACGUUUCCUAAUUAUAUGGAUUCUGAGAGUGGAGUAAAACUUUCAGAGGUAUUGCUAGAGAUUUUAUCUGCUCAUCCAACAGCUGAAUUGCUGCCACUUCAGCCUAACGGUGAGAUUAGUCAGACGGACGAAUGUGAAAUGGGGUUAACCUACGACGAACUAUCACUAUUCGGUAGACUUAGGAAAAUAUCCAAUUGUGGACCUUAUAGCAUGCUAGAAUCAUUACUGGACGGUAGUUGGAUACUAAUAAAGAAGGUUAUACCUGGUAGUUGUUUUCAAGAUGAAAAACCUGGCGCUGGACUUGCUCAAUAUCUUAGUGAAAAAGUGAAGUUGUUUUUUCGUUUCUAUGCAAUAAAUCGUCAUAAGGCUACAACUUUGCCACCGGCUUAUCACACUGAGGCAUAUAGUGCUGAUGACAAUCGGUUUGAUUUUCGGCCGUAUUUGUAUCCUACUGAUUGGGAUUGGCAAUUCACAUGUUUAGACUUAUUGGUACAGAAAUGGGUAGAACAAUUCAAGUAAAUUUGUUCGCAUCGUUUUAUACCUGAACUUGUUUACUGGGACGCUUUCUGGAUCCUAGUCAACCUAUAUAAUUUAGAAACAUUUGUAUAUUUUCUCGCAAUCACUUUUCGAAAUUUUUCUUCAUUUUUUAGUAUAAUACUUUCACUAGUUUUCUUAUAUAAUAGCUGUUGUGUACAAUAACUAUACUUAGCGCCAAGUAACUUUCCAGUGAUUGUAAGACCGUGACGAGAGAGUAAAAUCGUACUAUGAUUUCGGCGUUGCAUUAAGAUAACAUGGCUGGGGAAUUGCAAUGUUAUAUAUGUUGAUCAUUUUGUUCAGCGUGCAACUUUGUAUCAGCUUUUUUUGUUUUAAAUCUACAGAUACUUUAAUCUGAUUUUGCAAACUACGAUCACGUAAAUCCUAUCCUUCUACAAAUAUUCAUGAAUCUUUCGACUGCCAUUGAUUUUAUGAACAAUACCAUAGUAUUGUUAAACAUAAAUUAAAAUAUUCAAAGCAAACUAAUCCAAAAUGCUUUGUAAUCGUAUUUCAAGAUAGUCGCGUAUUUACCAUAGAGGCUUCUGACAAGUAAACAGGAAAAGUCACGCUCACUAACGUUCUUUGAACUUCUCUCGAAAAAUUGUGCGUUAUCGAUAUUGAGCUGACCAGUACCAUACUGACAAAGAUACUCUGGGAUCAAUUUAUUAAGAUAUAACUUUACUAAAUAGGAGCAUGUAACCACCCCUAUCAAAAGUAGAUCUUCGGGAGUGAUAGUAUCAAGCAC